AUUUGUAGAACUACUUGUAAAUUGAAAAAGCCUUUAUCAAGCAACCAAGCAGACUGCACUAGUUGGCCCAUCACAGGACUAGACAAAAGUGAUUUUCUAAGAUACACUUAAUGCAUGGUCACAGAAAUGGCUGAUGACAGCCAGUCGUGUGAUACUGCCCUGCACACUGCUGCAAGCCAUGGGAACUUAGAUAAGGUCAGAGAGCUGUUGAACACAAAGCAAUAUGAAGUGGACGUAAGAAACUCACACAACCAAACAUCUCUUCAUCUUGCAUGUGCUAAUGGUCAUAUCGAUACGGUUUUGACACUAGCUAAUGACUUUGGUGCUGAUAUAGGAGCUUUGGAUAAUGGCGGUAAUACACCAUUGCUCUUUGCUGCUAAAAACAAACAUGUACAAAUAAUCAUCAUUUUGAUUCUAUCAUUAAUAUAUGGUGAAUGCCUCUUGAAGAAAGUGGUAAGACGUCCGUGCUCCUUUAGCCGUAGUCAGAUCGAUUCUCAGCAUGUUAAAAUGUUUGAGGAUGUGCUCUUCGAAUACUACAAUAAUUCUGAAGCUGUGAACAAAACUAUGCAUCUGAUAAGUAACUUCUUUGUUCAAUUCAAAGAUUAUAAGGAAAAAGGUUUCUUUAUACUGGUUGUAGCAGCAUCACUUGGUUUUAAAGACUUGAUUAAUCGGUUAGUUACAGAGAAGAAAGCAGACCUUAAUACUGAGGGUUUCUGUGGUUUGUCUGUUCUCCACUGUGCCUGUUUUGGAGGACACGUACUGCUCGUGGAGAGUCUUAUUUCAGAAUAUAGUAUGGACCUUUCUGUGAGAGAUAAAGAAGGGCGCUCAGUUUUGCAUUAUACCAUAUCAAAAGGGGUUCCCUAUUCAUGCGAUGGUGGUCAUAUAGAACUACUUGAUAAACUGGUGAUGCAGUAUGGCCUUAAUCCCACGAAUAAAGAUAAUGAUGGAAACACACCUCUACAUAUUGCAGCCAUGUUCGGACAUGUUGAAGCUGUGAGACACUUGAUCAGUAAGCACAAUGCUGAUAUUGGUUGUACUAAUAAUCAGAACUCUACUCCAUUGAUGCUAGCUGUGCUGAAUGGUCAUGUGUCUGUUUUGGAUACGUUAGCCAAAGAAUUCAACAGCAGUUGUCAUGUACGAGGUUACAAUAGCCGCACUCUCCUUCACUAUGCAUGCAAGGGUGGCCAUAUAGAACUGAUAGACAAACUGGUGAUGGAAUACGACCUUGAUCCCACAGAUAGAGAUGAUGAUGGAAACACACCUCUACAUAUUGCAGCCGUUUUCAGACGUGUUGAAGCAGUGAGACACCUGAUCAGUAAGCACCGUGCUGAUAUUGAUUGCAUUAAUAAUCGGAACUCUACUCCAUUGAUGCUAGCUGUGCUGAAUGGUCGUGUGUCUGUAUUGGAUGCGUUAGUCAAAGAAUUCAACAGCAGUUGUCAUGUACGAGGAGGAUACAAUAGCUCCACUCUCCUUCACUAUGCAUGCGAGGGUGGCCAUAUUGAACUGAUAGACAAACUGGUGUUGGAAUAUGGCCUCGAUCUCACAGAUAGAGAUAAUGAUGGAAACACACCUCUACAUAUUGCAGCCAUAUACGGACAUGUUGAAGCAGUGAGACACUUGAUCAGUAAGCACAGUGCUGAUAUUGAUUGCACUAAUAAUAAGAACUGUACUCCAUUGAUGCUAGCUGUACUGAAUGGUUGUGUGUCUGUAUUGGAUGCGUUAGUCCAAGAAUUCAACAGCAGUUGUCAUACAAACUGGUGA